AAUUUACCAAACGUUGCGUUUGAUCCGUUUUCCCGCGCGCAACUGGUACGAGUAAACGGAACCCUAGAAUUUCCCACAGAGCAAGAAGAGUAAAAAAUGGAGAGGGAGGAAGACGACUCGGUGAGCGAGCUUCUCAGGGAUCGAUUCAGACUCUCCACCAUCCAUAUCGCCGAAGCCGAAGCGAAGCGAAACGACAUGGAGAUUUCGGGCCCAGUGAUGGCUUGCAUUGCCGAUUUGGCCUUCAAGUAUACAGAACAGCUGGCAAAGGACCUCGAGUUAUUUUCUCAACACGGUGGUCGUAAAACUGCAAACAUGGAAGAUGUCAUACUCUCUGUGCAUAGAAACGAACAUCUGGCCGCCUUGUUGAGGUUGUUCUGCAAUGAUCUGAAAGCGAAAGAACCACAAUCCGAGAGGAAGAGAAAGAAAGCAUCAAAGAAGGAAGACCAAGCAACUACCAGUGUAGUACAUAUUCCAGAUUCUUAGCUUGGGCAUGUCUCUGCCUUAACAUGAUUUACUAAUGCACACCGGGAUAGAGGGAUUCCGAAAAUCGGAUAGAGGGAUGAAUCCUUGUUGUCCAAGUUUGCCAAAUUUAUGUCUACGUAAGAAAUCUGCAACUUGCUUUGACCUUU